AUGGAUUCAACAUCUUCUAUAUCUGCUAAUGUUAAUAACAUUCUUGUGCUUAAUGGCACAAACUUCAAGAAAUGGAAGGACCACUUUAUAAUUGUGCUCGGGUUCAUGGAUUUGGACUAUGCAUUAAGAGAGGAUUGCCUUACAGACCUUACUGGUGCAAGCACUGCUAUGGAAAAAUGGGAGCAAUCCAAUCGCAUGAGUCUAAUGAUAAUGAAGCACUCAAUUCCAGAAGCUAUAAGGGGUGCAAUACCCGAGGAGACCGGAGCCAAGACAUUCUUGGACCAGAUAGCAAACCGAUUCACUGCAAAUGAAAAGGUUGAGACGAGCACUAUUCUUAGUAAGCUUGUCUCCAUGCGAUAUGACGGAUCUGGUGAACAACAUCUAAGGCCAUUCACCAAAUAUUUGAUGGAGUGUGGUACCAUCCCUCAGUACACCAUGUUGGGGACUCUAAGCCAAAAUGGUGUAGCAGAGAGGUGA